GCGUCUGCUUCCGGGUCACGGGGCGCUUCCGGCAGAACGGCGGCGGAGCGGAGCGGUGAGGGACGGGCCCGGCGCGAGGAGUUGCCGUUACUGAAGAUUCUUAAUGCCAGAUAAUCAGCCCACUGCCUACAGCCAUGAGAGAGACGAGGUAGCUUCCCAGGCGUGAGACAAAAACUGAGUUCAAUGGAUACAAAAUACAAAGACGAUUUAUUUAGGAAGUAUGUACAGUUCCAUGAGUGCAAACUGAGUGUCUCUGACAACAAGCAGCGUCCUAUUAAUGAUGAGUAUUUGCGAGUGGCAGCGUCCGCCUUAUUUUGCCUUCCCAAAAUUGAUCCCUUUUAUAGAUUCCGGUUGAUAAAAUUUUAUGAGAUGGCUGAAAACUCACUGAGAGCUCUGAAAUCCUCGAGUUUACAUUCUCUCCAUAAUGCAUUCAGCAUGCUCGAGACAGUCGGAAUCAAUCUGUUCCUCUAUCCCUGGAAAAAGGAGUUCAAAAAUAUUAAGACCUACACUGGACCCUUUGUUUAUUACGUGAAGUCUGCUCUCACUGAAGAUGAUGUAAGGCAGAUUCUGAACUACAUGGGCUACGUCCAAGAGCUGGGAACAACGUAUAAGCUCAAAGAACAGGUUGAUGCCAUUCAAGUGAAAAUGGUUUCAUUUGAACUCUUUUUGGCCAAAGUGGAAUGUGAGCAGCUUCUGGAGAUUCAUUUGCAAGUGAAGGAUAAAGGCUACUCAGAGAUCGAUGUCAUAAAUGAACGAAAAAACAGCAACGAAGAUGUUAGAGGCUGCUCGGAAGCCAUGAAGCGGCGUGCAGAGUGCAAGGAAAACUUAAACACCUCCAUGGCACGGAUGGUGCUUCAGAAGUCAGCAAGCGAACGGGCCUCUAAAGAUUACUUCAAGCCAAAGGUGAGCAAGCCUUCUAAAUCAGUAGACACAUACGAUAAUUACUGGGAAAACAAGAAACCACCGUUGAUGAGCUCUUUGAGUCUCAGGAAAGAACCAAUUCUAGUCGAUGCGGAAGAUGACAUUAAGGACGAAAUCAUCCGUCCGUCACCCUCUCUCCUGACGAUGUCAAGCUCCCCACAUGCAUGUUCCGAUGAAUUCUUGCCAACUUCAUCUCAUCACAACGGCAUGUUAAGAACAAAUGUCCCUUACAGCUCCUAUUUUUCUGCUCAAGAGGACUUAGAUUUAUAUACUGACCCCGAUUCGAGAAGUAUGUUAAAUUUUAAAAGACAAGAAGCUAUUAAGCCUGAUGUAUGGCUGCUAAAAAACGAUGCCAACCCUGUUUACCACAAACGCGCCCAUCUAGCCAAAGAGACAGCUUCCAUCAAGUGCCAAAACUGUGGUGUACCUUGUGGCACUUCUGUUUGCCAAAAGUGUGACAAUCUGUUCAACUCUAGGCAGGAUUAUCCAGCAGUGAAACAGAGCACCUACUCCAUCAAACCGGUUCCAAACGACGGCUUGUCUCCUGCAUCUGCUUUAAGAGAGAAAUCUCAGUACACGUCACAGACUCCGAGUCAGGAGAGGGCUUCUCAGUUCAGUUCGAAAUCCAAAUCUUCAGGCACCUCACGCUGUGGCUUUUGUAACCGAUCCGGAGCUGCAAACACUUGCACGUUUUGUUCAAAAGUCUCAUGUGACACUUGCCUCAGUGCUUACUAUUACGAUCCCUGCUGUAGAAAAAGCGAGCUUCACAGAUUCAUGCCUAACAACCAGUUAAACUAUAAGUCGGCCCAGCUGUCCCACGUAGUUUAUAGAUAGACUCGAUCGGUCUGAUUUGCAGGGGAAGGAAAAGGGGAGGGGAAAGGGCUAUCACAACUCACGUUCUGACUCCACUGAUGAGAAAAAAACACUGACCUCUUACAGAAAUGACAUGCCCAAAUAUUCGGAACCAUGGUUCAGUGAUCGGGUGCCAGUUCUUGAUUUUUGUGGCUUACCAAAUGCUGCAGAUACAUUAGAUUUCAUGCUGCUAUAAUUUAGGUAACUCCUAAAUAAAUCAUCGUUCCUUCUCAAUUGAAAUGGGGAGAAGAGCACAUUUUUCUUUAAAACUUGGCAGCUGUUGCAUUUUAGAAAAGUGACAUCACACCUUUCACACCAUUUUAGUCAUCUCCUUGCCCAAAGGAAACCAUGCGAUGCUCUAAGAAAUAAGAUUCUCAUUUUCUGGGGGUGAUGAAACUACUGCCGGUUUUUGGUAAAGUAUGACUUUAAAAUGUGCAAGAAAUAUGUGAAUGGCUUGUUUUGCCAACAAGGACUAUUUCUCAAAGCGUGUCUGCAUUUCUUGGUCUCCGAAAUGCAAACACCACGGCAUCUCUUCUUUUCAUCUCCAUGUUUCUUCCUUCUCCCCUUAUGUCCCAGUUGUUUAUCUCAAGCUUAUAUAAUCCGAACAAUAUGUGCUUUAUUUUCUAGUGUUGCCAAUAUCAUCCUGGUUUUUACUGUAUGGUAUUUUUAAAAGGUGAACCUGUGUUCAUGUCACUGAAAUUAUGCCUCGAGUGUCGUCCUUCCAGAUGAGUACCGAUUUUCUUCACUUUCUGUUGCACAUGUAUUAAGUACUGUUCUUUGUACUGUAAAUAGGUAAUUUGGAAACAGUUUAUUUUUAAUAAAUAUUUAAUAUGUUGAGUUUUUAAAAGUGGUAAAAUCAUUAUAACUAUGAAGUCUCUCUGGGUUAUCUGUUCAGGUGGCGUUUUGUUUUACUUGUACUGUAUUUCAUAGCUUGUUAUGGUCACUGUGGCAGACUGAUGUUACUGGCUCUGAUCAAUUUUUUUUGUUUAACCUAACAUUUUUUUCCUUCCGAUAAGGUUGCCACUAAAUUAGGUGGAGUCUUGUCUAAGAACUGCAAGAUUUUGGUUCUCAGUGCACGCUUUUCCUUUGUGGUUAUGGGAAUUGUAAGUAUCAAUGUUACGCUUGUGUCCAAAUUCACUGCAAAGUCUGUAGCGUAGUCCAGCAAGUAAAGCACUGGCCUGGUUAAAAAUCAGAGCUCAUUUGUGAAUCCUGUUAAAGUAAACCUAACAAUUAUGGAUGUGAAUCAGAUAAUAGUAUUGAUCUGUAUUAUUGUAGCACAUAGGAACCCUAGCUGAGAACCAGGACUCCAUUGUGCUAGACUCUGUACAGUUUGACCCCCCCAGACGACACCCAGCUAUGAAUAGGCUUUAGUUGUUUUCUUUACAGAAAACCCACAAGAAUCCUUCUGCCUUCUUUCAUUCAAUCUAGCUAGUUAGAACAAACUAUCAGGCAACCUAAUCUGAUGUGCAGAAUUAAAUGUGUUAAAAAUAUCUGUAAAAAAAAAACAAACUUUAGCUGAAUUGUAAACUAUGUAGUCCACUUUGCACUAAAAUGAUUCACUUAGGUUUUUUUUUUUGACACUGUUAGAGUCUAGGCUUCUAAACUUUCAAUGUUCAUUGAUCCCUGUGUGACAGAGACAUGCAUGAAUGGUCUUUUUUCUUGAUUUUUGGGGGUGGGGGGAGGGCUUGAGGUAGGUUUAGGGGGAACUAUAUAGGCUAAUGUUGUAAAAUAGCUAAAAUAAUUUUAGCCAUAAAUGGGUCUCAGAAGUAUUAUGGAGAAUAAGGUGAAACCUGAGUCUUACAGGGGGCUAAGAACAAUAAGUCACUGUACAGUUUGCACUAAGAAACAAAGUGAAUGGGGUGUGUUUAGCAAUCAGGGACAUUUCUGAAUCAAGCGACUGCAACUGAACAUAAUGUUCUAGGCAAGCAUUGCCUUGCUGACCCUGAAGGUUGGGGGGAAAUAUUGUUUAGGCGAAUGAUUUUAAGGUUUUCAAAUUCUUGUAUGUUUUUUUUAAUAAAUAUAUAUAUAUAUAUAAAUAUAACACAAAUGUAGAUACAUCGUGUAUAUAAUGAGGAAUUUAAGAAAAAUUUUACUAUUAAAAUUCAGUCUAAGGGUGGUUUUCAUUUCAGUGGUUAUUUUUUGUUCAUCUUCUGAAGUGUCAUGCCUGUAUGGCUGCUCUGCAGUGUAUCUUCUAGUUCACUAGUUCAGUUUCCAUAUGGCUACUCACACUACAGUGAAUAACUAAAACUGUGAUGCCACGUAAUUUUUACAGUGACUAUAGCAGGGACUACACUUGCUUUGGAAAAGAAAAGUCCUGUGUAUAUAUGUCAUGGAAUACUGUAUUACAAACCUGUGUUGAAUUGAAGUGAUACCAUGCUCUAUUUUUGUGUAUCUUACUGUAUGAGGUUGCUGUGGUUGAUACAGUAAAAUAUAUAUGCUAAUUGAAAA